AUGGAGAUUUCUCCUCCGACCACCUUCGGAGCCGAAGAACCAAAAAAAAAAAGCGAAGAAGCCAUGUUGGAAGAUUCUCUGUUAUCGGCGAUGUACAGUUGGUUCACACCCACCGUCCUUUUCGUCUUUCUCAACCUCAUGAUCGGCACCAUUGCCAUCACUUCUUCCUUCUCUUCCAAAUCCAAUGAUCCAAAUCAUCCCCAGAUCCACCGUUCUCCCUCUGUUCUUCACCGUCUUAAGUCCAUCAACUUCUCCUCCUUCGCUUCUCCCGACAAAACCCAUCGAGGGUUUCAGACGGCGACACUCCCCGAUGACGCCGACCUCCAUUCCCAUCCUCAGCCAGCUUCGAUCGAACAGAACCAGACCCAGGCUUUCCUCUCCAGAUCUCCUUCUGUUCUUAACCGAAUCAAGUCCUUCAACCUCUACAACUACAUUUCCCACGAACCCACCUCCUCUUUCUCCGUCUCUGACUCUCCGGCGCCGCCGCAGACCGACGAAACCCUAGAUUCGAAAACGGCGGAUGCUGAAGGAGAAGAUGGAGCCGAACUGACCCUUGAGGAGGUCUACAGCAAGCUGAACGUGAGCCACGUGAAACACGUCGCUCGGACCAAGUCCGACACCGAGCCCGCCGCCGGAAUCGUGCCUCCGAAGCUGCCGAAGAAGAUGAAGAAAUCAGCGAGUACGAAGUCGCCGUUCUCUCACUUCGAGGAAGACGAAAUAUCCGCUGUGGAGGCUCGCCGGCCGGCGACAGUGAGGGAAGGGAGGGUCACGGCGGAUGAAGAUGCCGCCGACGAGGAGGUGGACGCGAAGGCUGACGACUUCAUCAAUCGGUUCAAGCAACAGCUGAAGUUGCAGAGGAUCGAUUCCAUUAUGAGGUACAAGGAGACGGUGAAGAAAGCAAACCAGAUGUGAAAUAAAUGAAAAUUCCGGGUGGAUUUUGUUAAUUGUAUGUUAAUUUUGGGGCUAUUUUCGCAAAUUCUUAAAUUUCUUAGGGCUUCUUUAAUUUCUCUCUGAAUCUCUUCUGCCGAUCUCACUCACUGUAGAUUUUUGCUCGGCUUUGUUGCUGCAACUGUUUCGCUUUCUUUCACUUUCCCGAGAAAAAAAUAGAAGAAAAAUUCCAGAAUCGUCGAUGUUCUACGGUGGGACAAGGGUAUUCUGGUAAUUUAGCCAUGACCUCCAGAAGAAUCUUCGGCGGUGUUCUCGUAGAUCGGAUCCCGCCGACCUCCAUUAAAAUGCACUCACGAAUAUGGCGCACUUCUUUAACUUCCGAUAAUACCCUUCGGUUUUUGUGUUGGCUGGGUCACUUUGGGUCUGCAGUACGUUGCCAGGUCUCUGGGAGCGUUUUGUCAUUUCAAGUUUGUUUUAUUAAAUUACUGGUUUGCCCUUGGGUAUCUCAUGUGAACAGUCGUAACGAAUGGGUAUUAUUGUAAAUCAAGUCGUGACUUACGAGUGUUGCUUGGCUGUGAAGCACGUGGAA